AUGGAUGAAUUCAAAUCGAAUUCAGAGCGUCCACAAACCUCUCACAUUCUCAAUUAAUUGAAAUUUUUGAGACGCAAUCUUGUCAAAUAACCAUAAAAACCACAUAAAUCUACAAGGUCACACUUCGUACCAGCUGACAUUAAUAACAUGAAAUAUGUAUAAUCCCCUAAACAAAUCUUCGGAAAUAUCUCUUCAUCAUUAACAUCCUUUAAAGGCAAAACCAUAUCUUAAAGUCAAAUAUAAUAUGACGAAUCCUACUUGAAUAGAUUGCUCCCAAAAGAAACAAUCAGGAAUCUGAAUAAUUAAACAAAAAAAACUAAUACAUUCUUCCCAUUGUUCCAACAACCAUAAGGAAGAAUGAAAACAGAUUGGAUAAACUCAAAAUAUAGAUUAUUUUGA